GAGUCGCUGCGCCAGGCGCCCGGGAAGAGCGGCUUGGGCAGGAAGCGCGCCCGCGGCUCCCCUGCUUUUCCGAGGCUACGUGGGUCUUAUCGGAGGGAGGAGGAGGCGGCGAGCGUCCAGAAUCGGCUGCAGCCGGGCCUCGGCGACUGGCCUGCCGCUGACCUCCGCGCGACGUCCCCGCCGCCGCUGUUGGUUGGAGCAUUUGACAUUGUGCAGCAAAGAAAUGGUUAUGGAGAAGCCCAGUCCGCUGCUUGUAGGGCGGGAGUUUGUGAGGCAAUAUUAUACUUUGCUGAAUAAAGCUCCAGAGUAUUUACACAGGUUUUAUGGCAGGAAUUCCUCCUAUGUUCAUGGAGGUGUAGAUGCUAGUGGGAAGCCCCAGGAAGCCGUUUAUGGCCAGAAUGAUAUACACCACAAAGUGUUAUCUUUGAACUUCAGUGAAUGUCAUACUAAGAUUCGUCAUGUGGAUGCUCAUGCAACUUUGAGUGAUGGAGUAGUUGUCCAGGUCAUGGGUUUGCUGUCUAACAGUGGACAGCCAGAGAGGAAGUUUAUGCAAACUUUUGUUCUGGCUCCUGAAGGAUCUGUUCCAAAUAAGUUUUAUGUUCACAAUGACAUGUUUCGUUAUGAAGAUGAAGUGUUUGGUGAUUCUGAACCAGAACUUGAUGAAGAAUCAGAAGAUGAAGUAGAAGAGGAACAAGAAGAAAGGCAGCCAUCUCCUGAACCUGUGCAAGAAAGUGCCAACAGCGGCUACUACGAGGCUCACCCCGUGACUAAUGGCAUAGAGGAGCCGUUAGAAGAAUCUUCUCAUGAGCCUGAACCUGAGCCAGAAUCGGAAACAAAGACAGAAGAGCUGAAACCACAGGUGGAAGAGAAGAGUUUAGAAGAAUUACAGGAGAAGUCUACCACUCCUCCCCCUGCAGAACCAGUCUCCCUGCCGCAAGAACCACCAAAGGCUUUCUCCUGGGCUUCAGUGACCAGUAAAAACCUGCCUCCUAGUGGCACUGUUUCCUCCUCUGGAAUUCCACCCCAUGUUAAAGCAGCAGUCUCACAGCCAAGAGUUGAAGCUAAACCGGAAGUGCAGUCUCAGCCACCUCGUGUGCGUGAACAACGACCUAGAGAACGACCUGGUUUUCCUCCAAGAGGACCAAGACCAGGCAGAGGAGAUAUGGAACAGAAUGACUCUGACAACAGGAGAAUUAUUCGCUAUCCAGAUAGUCAUCAACUCUUUGUUGGUAACUUGCCACAUGACAUUGAUGAAAAUGAACUGAAAGAAUUCUUCAUGAGUUUUGGAAACGUUGUGGAACUGCGCAUCAAUACCAAGGGUGUCGGGGGAAAGCUUCCAAAUUUUGGUUUUGUGGUUUUUGAUGACUCUGAACCAGUUCAGAGAAUCUUGAUUGCAAAACCAAUUAUGUUUCGGGGGGAAGUACGUUUAAACGUGGAAGAGAAAAAAACAAGAGCCGCAAGAGAACGAGAAACCAGAGGUGGUGGCGAUGAUCGCAGGGAUAUCAGGCGCAACGAUCGUGGUCCUGGAGGUCCCCGUGGAAUAGUGGGUGGAGGAAUGAUGCGUGACCGAGAUGGAAGAGGGCCUCCUCCUAGAGGCGGCAUGGCACAGAAACUUGGCUCUGGAAGAGGAACCGGGCAGAUGGAAGGCCGCUUCACAGGACAGCGCCGUUGAAGCUCCACUGUUGACCAAGUCUUGACAGUGGUACAUUAUUCAUCGUGUUUGCAUUCUUGUUAAUUUUUUUGGCUUUGGAAUGUGACACAGCCUUUUUGAUCAUUUCUUUGAUGUGCAAAGCAUCUUUUGGUUAUCAUUUAAAUUGAGGUGGACAUUAUUUCCCCAAUUCUACAACAGGAUUCACAUUGUUAAUUUAUAAAUCUAGACUUGGAGAAUUAAGGACUGAGAAAUGACCAUAUCUUAAACUAUCAACAACAAAAUGAACUUAAAAGGACAUGCCCACUGAAUUCAGGUCCUAUGAGUCAAAAAAAAAUCCUCGGCUGCACAUUUUGUUUAAGUGUUACUGUUUCUGCCUAUUAAUGUUGGAAACACAAAUAGUGCAAUUUGUGCUAAUGGAGAAUCUUGCCUUUUUUCUUGGCUCCCCCAAAAAAACAACAGAAACUUGUGAUGUACUCAUCAGACUGCACUAAUGGGUACUCUGAACUCGUUAACUUUGAAAUCUGCAACAGGAGGCAACAGGGAAAAAAACAAUCUUUCUUCUUUUCCAGUAGAGAAUAGUUUGUGAAAUGAUGAGGGCAUUUUAUCUGCUUGCUGUGACCAGCGUGUAUACACAUAAACCUUAAUGAGACUACAAGUAUAUACCAGAAGGAAAUUCUUUAGUUAUGAACUAAACAAAAAUCAGAACUUCAAAUGCUAUGGUCUUAAAUAUUAGACCAGAUUUAGUAGCUCCACAUUUAAGGUUUUUUCUACUUGCCCCUCUUCAGUACAGGGAUGGCUGGCUGCUCAACACACUCCUCCUCCCCCUUUUCCUUUCUUUAAGCUGUGUACAGUGAAAAUUGUCUUUACUGUAUUUUUGUUCUCUGGUAUUGUAAUAAGCAUGAUGGUGCCUUCUAUUAAUACAUCAUUCCAGUCUUGCUGGUAAUUUUGUACAGUAUAGUGUAUGAAUUGCUGUGCUGCAAAGCCAAACAGCUGCAAAAUGUUGAAAAAUCAUUGAAGUGUAUAAAAAUUGCAGUAUCUUUUAAAAAAUCAGUAAAGUGGACUAGCAUAUUAUUUAUCUUGUUCUUCAGUUAUCAGCUUUGUUCUCUGUGGGAGGGAGGGAAGGAGGAAGUCAGUUGUUUGACUGUAGUUGUCAUUUCUCUUAGCUUCAGUGUGAGCGUUGAUUCGUAUCACUUUGAAUGCUUAGAAAAGUCAGUCAACUCAAUGUCCAUUUUCAGUGACAAUUUAGAAGCGGUCAGAUUCCAUAUAUGGCAAAUAAACCUGAAGUGAGGAUACUGCAAUUUUCUGGGGGAAAGAAUAGCAGCUCUUAAGUGUUUGCAUUUUCUAUUUGGGGGAGGGCAGGGAACUGUCAUUCAUUUUGCACAAUUCUUGAACUGAUGUCAGCACCCGAAUGGCUCCUGAAUUUAAGUCUGGGACGGCAUCUUUUAUUUUUACAUGAAUCUGUGAGCAAAGUUUGUGGCUGCUGGAGUACUGUCUGUCUCUGUAUAGGAAGUUCCAGUAAAACUGCAACUGAGGCAAAAAUUCUCCACUCUUCGGCCUGGAGCACUUAGUACGUCCCAGUUUCUGAUGUUUCAGGCUAGAAGUGGGCUAAAGAAUUGUGACCACUUAAAGCUGCUUUUCAGCAUGGAAGACUUCUCCAUUCUACCUAAGUCAAAGCAAGAACAAAAUAUGCACUUGACGUAUUAACAGACUGGUUCUGAAUUAUGCAACUGUUUUGCUAUUCAGUAAACCAGCAAAUGAUGAACAUGUUUUGUUUUACAUAUACUGGGCAAUAUGAGUAAGAUUCUGUUCUCAUUUUUUCCCCUCAAAUGAGGUCUUCCAUGUUGGAGGAAAAGACUUGCACUAUUGCAUAUAUUUUGGGGACACAGAAUUUCAUAGUUUCCAUUUGGGGGACUUAAUGGUUUCUUUAUUUGUUGGUUUGAGACAGUUUUACUCCUGGUGUAUAGUACUUGAAGUUCUUGAGCAGAAAAUUACGUUGACAUUUUGACGCCUUUAUUCAGACUUCUUUUAAAUAAUUGACUAUUUUUGUCAGUGUUGGGUUUCUGCUCCCAACCAUCCCUCCCUCCCCAUGAUAUUUUCCCUCUGCUGUUUCUUUUUCUCUUUAUUUUACAUAUUUAUAUAUGCAUAUACACGUGUGUGUGUGCGUGUGCGUGCGUGUGUGUGUGUGUGUAAUAUCUAGUCUGGGAUAUUGCCCUGUCACCCGUGAAAACUGUUUUGGCACCAAAAGUAAUGACAGUUGUUAAGUGUAAUAGAACAUUAGAGCAAAGAGCCAUUCAGCUUCAGUCUUUACAUACCAUGAAUAAAAUUUAAACCAUCACAUGGAGAAGUUUACAUGGUGAUUGUUCACCUGCAGUACUGUGGACUUUUAACAUUUUGUCCCCUUUUCCGUGAAACAGAGUAAAAAUACUCAUCUACUAUUACUGUUAUUUGCUGAUUUCAUUUUAUUUUUUGAUGGUAAUAUUCUAUCCUUAUGACACUAUUGCAACCAAACUGGCUUUCCCAUCUUGGCUUUAGUAGGUAUAGAAGACAGUGGAUUACCAUCUUCAUUGCUGUAAUGUGUUAAGCAUUAUAUGCUAGUAGAAUCUAGUUUAAUUGUUUCAGGUGGAAAAUAUUCUUUGAGUUUCCAUUUUGAAUGUGUUUGGACUAAACAAACAAUAAACUACUGAUGUCUGCA